CUGAACAUAGGCUGCAAGCUCCAUUCCCUGGCAUUGAGCUACCAAUGAUGAUGCCUAAAGAGAAGCCACCAAUCACUGUCGUUGGAGAUGUUGGUGGAAGAAUAGCCAUCAUUGUGGAUGACAUUAUCGAUGAUGUUGAUGGAUUUGUGGCUGCUGCAGAGAUUCUGAAGGAACGGGGAGCAUAUAAAAUAUACGUCAUGGCCACACACGGCCUCCUCUCUGCGGAUGCACCCUGUCUAAUAGAGGAGUCGGCCAUCAAUGAGGUGGUUGUAACGAAUACGAUUCCUCAUGAAGUUCAGAAGCUGCAGUGCCCCAAGAUCAAAACUGUUGAUGUCAGCAUGAUUCUGUCUGAGGCCAUCAGGCGCAUUCACAAUGGAGAGUCCAUGUCCUACCUGUUCCGCAACAUCACAGUUGAUGACUAGCCACUUCCUGUCCAAUCUACCUCCAUGUAGAAACAAAAGGGAGUCUUAAAAGUGAAAAGUUGUGUAACCGGACAACGAUGCAGGUGAACUGUGUGGAAAUACCCAAUCCAGUUUGUUCUUUUUAAAUCCCUUCAGUAGGCAUCACCUUCGUACCAGUUUUUAGGUAGCAUUGUUAGUUCAACGUGUUAAUAUGCGGUGUGCCUGUGAACGGGAGAUUUGUGGUUACUUUUAAGACCUGUAAGAAUUCAAAUAGUUUAUUAUUUCAUUCUGUAAAUAGUCUACAGUCUGUUAGAAAAUCUUGAUGGCAUUUUGUGAUCAAUGUGUUGCAGUUGGGCUGCUUAUGCCUGCAGUGCCAUAAAGAGCUGCUUUGGACUGGUCACUAAUAAGCUUGCUGGCACUAUAGGGCAGACAUGACAGACACAUCUAUCAAUUCAUCUUCUGUAGAAACUGGGAAUGGAAGAAAAUUAAAUCCUUGUAUUAGCUUGAGACUAGGAAUGAUUUGGUUAUCAUGUAACUAGCGUGAGCUGGAGAUGAUCUCUGGUUUGAAGCCUCAGUACAAAUGAAGAAUAAUGUGACAUUUUACCUUGACAUAGUUUACAUUUAUGUUUUAUUGUUUUCCUUGAUGUCCCACUGAGUAUUUACUAAACUUAUAUUUUAUAUAAUUAAUGCUCAGUAGGAACAAGAGGUAAAAUGACCAUAUGCACUGCAAGUAAUCCCUUAUCUUCUGUCAUUUGUGUUUGUUCCACUUCAUUGCAACAGUUACAGGGUCAAACUAAUGAUUGAGUCUCUGUAUUGGGAUUGGUGCCUAUCAUGCCUUGCACUCGCCCAGUAUUUGUGUUCCUCUUACUGGUUUCCAGUAUUAAAUCUUGUUAAAGUGCUUCUCAUCCACAAUGCCUUUGGGUAUGUUAACAUGGUUUCUGUGAUAUUGUGUUAAGGCUUUUCUCUCAGGUUCAAACACCAUCACAGUCUGAACCCUGCUGAAUAAACAAGUGCAAUGCCA